AGUUUCUACUCCGUACAAAGAAUAGUCGCGCAAUUCGUUACCUACACCUAUCUAUAAAAGAAAUAUCUGUAUGGCGGUACAGCUUUCUCGGUAUACCUGACAAGAUAUUGGAGGAUCAACGCCGUUCCUUUGUUUCCGUUUACCUAACUCUCCAACACAAGCUCAUGAGUGGUAAGUAGGUAUAUGUUUUACUGAAGCCGACUUUGGGGAAUUCUAGUAAAUCCGCAUAAAUUCAGUGAGAUUGUGCGAUAGAGCUGCAUCUGGUCUAUCAUCCUCAUCAGCGCCAGCAUCAGCAGCAGUGCGAAUGUGGGGCUGCGUUCACGGAAAAAAAGCCAACUACAUUGAAUUAAUGCACGUUGAAAUGAACAACGCGAAGCUUGGAUCGCGCGCACGUAUGUCUUACAGGUACAGCGAGCUAGGAACUGCCCUUGCUCCCAGUGUUCCUGUAUCUAUUGAAUCGAGCUUCUCGCAAGCGAAAGAAUAAAAAGAUCGACAAAGAAUCUUUUGGGUGUCCCUGCCACCGAAGCCAGGAUGUCGACCCAUUCGGGAAGGUCGGAGUAGGCUUGUAUGCUGCAAAGUGUAUGCUGGGAAGAUGUGAGAUACGGUACAAAUGUUACGUUGAUUCACAAUUCUUGAAUUUCUUUCUACCUCUCCCUUCCGAUGCCUUUUGCUGAAAGGUUCGUCGGGCUGUGACCACCCUCCAGGAAUUCUCGUCGCUCAAACUCUCAACCUUGGAAGAUGGUGCUCCAACAGUUCCUCUACGGAACCCCGCAUCCAAUUCUCCUCAUCAUUGUCCCCAUUAUAUUUCCCCUGGUAAUAUGCGCCGACGUGCUCCAAUUCGUAGACCCCCUUAUUGGCAGCACUAACGGAGGAAAUGUUUUCGCGGGUAGUACGCGACCGUACGCUCUCGCAAAACCCGUCGCGGAUGUAAACGGCCAGAAUACGGGGGGUUUCGCGACUGACGGCUCAAAUAUUACCGGGUUCUCCCAAGUCCACGAUAGUGGAACGGGCGGCAAUCCUAGCCUGGGCAAUUUCCCUCUGUUCCCGCAGGUCUGCGAGGGGGAUGAGGUGAACAAUUGCAAGUUUCUCAUAGGCGAGAGGGCUACGCCCUAUGUCGAGGAAUCGGUGGUGGCCAGGCCGGGAUAUUUUGAGGUGGAAUUGGUGUCCGGGAUCAAAGCGACGAUGACCUCGAGCGAGCACGCUGCUCUGUACAAGUUCGAAUUUCCGGCUUCGGAUGACCAACAUCCGCUAGUAUUGCUGGACCUGACAGACCUUUGGCAAAGCCGCCAGAAUGCCACAGUUAUCGUAGAUUCCGAAAGCGGGAGACUGAAGGGCAACGGCACGUUCCUCCCAAGUUUUGGCGCGGGGUCGUACGUGAUGCACUUCUGUGUCGACUUUUUCGGCGCGGAGGUUCUCGACAACGGUGUAUGGGUCAAUAAUCGAGGAGGCGUCGAACCGAAGGAGCUCUUCGUUACUCGCGGCUUCAACCUCUUCUAUCUGGAAGCGGGAGGAUGGGUUCGAUUUAGCAAUUUAGUUAACAAUACCCUGACGGCGAGAACAGGGAUCAGCUUUAUCAGUGCGGACCAGGCCUGUCAGCGGGCACAGGAAGAAAUCUCCGAACCUCUCAGCGACUUCGACAGGCUCGUAUCCGAGACCGAGGAUGCAUGGCGGGAGAAGCUGAGUCCGGUUUCCAUCGAUGCCGGCGGUGUCAACGAGGAUUUCCAAACUAGCUUCUGGAGCGGAUUAUAUAGGAGCAUGAUUUCACCGCAGAAUUAUACCGACGAAAACCCAUACUGGAACAGCGGAAUCCCUUACUUCGAUUCAUUCUACUGUCUCUGGGACGCGUUCCGCGUUCAACACCCGCUCCUCACUAUUCUGGACCCGAAUGCCCAAGUCCAGAUGGUCAACGCCCUCCUCGAUAUCUACAAGCACGAGGGCUGGCUACCUGAUUGUCACAUGUCGUUGAGUAAAGGAUGGACGCAGGGUGGCUCCAAUGCCGAUGUCGUACUCGUAGACGCCUAUGUCAAGAAUUUAACUGGCAUCGACUGGGAACUUGCACUCGAAGCGAUCAUCCAAGACGCUGAAGUAGAACCGCUGGAGUGGUCUUACCAUGGUAGAGGUGGCUUACAAAGCUGGAAAAAUCUUUCUUAUAUUCCUUACCUUGAUUUUGACCCAGUUGGAUUUGGCACGAACUCUCGUAGCAUUUCAAGAACCCUGGAGUAUGCAUACAAUGAUUAUUGCCUCGCCACGCUGGCACAGGGGCUUGCGCGAGAUGACCUAUACGACAAAUAUGUUUCAAGAAGUGCCAAUUGGCAGCGCUUAUGGAAAUCAGAACAGAACUCCAUCAUCAAUGGUAAUGAUACAGGAUUUGUGGGAUUCUUCCAGCCGAAAUAUCAAAAUGGAACGUGGGGUUACCAAGAUCCGAUUGCUUGUUCGGCGCUCGCGAGUUUCUGCUCUCUUACUACCAAUCCUAGCGAAACCUUCGAGGCCAGUGUGUGGCAGUAUCAAUUCCUUGUCCCGCAAUCUAUGUCGACCCUGAUCAGUUUGAUGGGCGCCGAGGUGUCGUUUAUUCAACGUCUCGACUUCUUCCAUACGUCGGGACUUGCUGAUAUCUCCAAUGAACCCGUGUUCUCAACAGUGUACCUCUAUCACUACGCGGGACGCCCUGCAUUAUCUACUAAGCGGUUACACACCUACAUUCCAUCGUCAUUCAAUGCCUCCCACGAUGGCUUGCCAGGGAACGAUGACUCGGGCUCGAUGGGUGCCUUCGUGGUAUUCGGCAUGAUCGGUCUGUUUCCUAUAGCCGGGCAAGACGUAUAUCUAAUCUCAGCACCGUUCUUUAAACAAGUCAACAUAACAAGCCCCUUAACCGGAAAUACGGCCCAAGUAAACACGGUGGGGUUUGACGCUAGUUAUGAGAACAUUUACAUUCAAAACGUGACGGUUAAUGGGCAGCCGUGGACGAAGUCCUGGAUUAACCAUGCGUUCUUCCACGAGGGAUGGACGAUGGAACUCGUUCUCGGACAGCAAGAGUCUGAAUGGGGCACAAAGUUGGAGGAUCGACCUCCGAGUUGGGGAGCGGCGAUGGUAUAAAUCUUGGGAACGGGAAGCGGAUGACCUAUACAGAAAUAGUAGACCCAUCUACGGAUGUGGUCGACUUUCUACCUAAUUACCUACCUAAUAAAUAUAAAUAUGGCUUGGCCAUGAAAAAAGUGAAUCCCCA